UUCUCGCGCAGUCUGUGCCUGAUGUCUGGUGUUUGUAUAAUAGGUUACUUGUUACUCGAAAAUGACAUUUCUCAACUAUAGAAACUAUUUAUUAAAAAAAUAAAUAAAUAAGUGCCGCGAAUUCACGCGGUUAUAAAUAAAAAAAAAAUAUUGUUAUUAAAAAUUUGGAUUGUUUAUCGAUCACUGUGUGAGGUUAGGAGAGUGUAAGUGUGUAUUUGUGUGUGUGAAAAAAAAAAUUGUGUGUGAGAUAUAUUUUUUUUUUUUUUGCUUUUGGUGUCCAAAUGUUUAUCAUCCAAGUGUUGUUUAAUCACUAUCAAGAAUGGGAAGAAGUAUUGCAUGAAAUAUGACAUUAGAUAUAUUGAAUAAAGAAGAGAUAAGAUGAUCGCCACCUCUUCCAAUUUGGAAGAUGCUUGUAGGCAGGCACAGGAAUUAAUAAAUCAGGUUUCUAAAACCUGUAAAGACACACCAGGUCAUGGUUUAAUGUCAGAGAAACUGCCCUCGGCCCACAAGAAGGAGCAAAGCUAUUCUAAACAUACUAUCCAAUCGAAACUUACUAGACUGUAUUUCGAAGAACUGUCCAAAGUUCCGCAUGCAACUCCAGCUUCAGUUCUGAAAAAUCUUCAAAAUGAAUGCGAUCUCUUGGGGCGAUUGGUUCAGCGUGAAAGCCUGCACACGCUGAUUGUUAAUUUGUACGCUAGCAACAAAGGAUACUCAUUAGGCGUAAGAAAUAGCGAUAAAGGAAGUCAAUAUGACAAGAAUGCUCUGCUUUCGGAGACUCAAUUGAUGGGUUAUGAGCAAGGGGAAUUUCUAUCUUGUAUUGAUAAUGGUCAGCUGCCUGCAAUGUUGGCCGAGCAAUUGGAAUCAAGCCAUUCACACUUAUUCUACGAUGGUUGUAUAAUUGCUGAGGUUCGAGAUUAUCGCAGACAUCACACCAAACCUGAUAUUCAUCAUGUCUUACUCAAACCAACAACUCAGAGCGUUCUUUCGGAUGUUUCAACAUUGACGAGCAACGGAGAAUGGAGUCACGAAGAGAGGCUGGUGCUUGAGUCACAUUUGGUGGCAGCUACACAAGGUCCCUUAUGCUUAGAUCCAAAUCCAAUUCCAAGUUUGGCAACAACACGGCUUCAACAAUCAAGAGCCCUUCUCACCGAUCAUCAAUUAAUGCGCCAAGCCAAAAAGUUUUCUCAGGUAACGGUAAAUCGCAAAAGGAAAUUAGAGCAAUUGUCACAGCCUGAAGGAUUUACGAUACAGGAUUUAAUGCAGAAAAUCCGUGCAAAGAAUGGAACACCAGUAGCUCACAAUUGUCGAACGCCUUGUCUUGCCAAUCCUCCACUUUUGCCACCGAGCUCACCACUUGAAGUCUUAAGAUACGCGAAACAAUUGGAGCGACCGCGAGAAACGAAAGACUGCAUGCCACAACUUGUAGAAGAAUAUAUAUUAGAGACUGAAAGGGGCCAAGGACGAAUCUACCACAUAAAGCUCUCAAUCCUACAAAGACUUUCCAAUUUUGAGUACCUGGGAGAGCUCUACGUGGACAGAGAUUAUCGAGAGGGUGAAAAAAAUGGAUCGUCAUGCAGAUUCACCCUCGGUAAUAGAGUUCUGGCCACUCAAUAUAUUCAGCAGUUUACAGAAAUUUUCACAGAAGAGGGAAAGAAAAAUGUUAGAAUAAAACACGCUGUGCCGGGGCAGGUUCCUCGAGUUACGUGCACCCCAGGCAUGCAACGUAGUCAACAACAGGCUCAACAGGCUCAAUUGGUAGCUCAACAGUUGCAGCAGGCUCAGCAGAAUCAACACGUUGAGCAACAGAUUCUUUCGCGCGCGCAAGGUCAGUUAAAUAAUUUAGCUGGACAAGUGGCUUCCAUGAAAGCCGCUAUGGAGGCUUCAACGUCAGCGCAAGUGAAUCUUACUUCUUCCGAUGCUGCAAAUGUUAUUCAAAAUAUACCUCAAUUGGACACAAUUGGCAAUGUCAACACUGUUAUUCAACCACUUGCCAAUGGAGUUCCAAAUGCACCAAUUCCGGUACAAAUCGAAGCGUCCACAAUGUCUGCUGCUGCCGCCGUUGCUGAUCCUACUCCUUGCAAUGGAUCAGGAAUUUUUGUCUUUCAACAAAAACAACCCGCUCCCAUUAACAAUACAACCACAAAUGUUCCAAUUUUGCAAGCUCAAUUGCAAGCUGGAACGCAAAGCAGUAUUGCCGAUACAAGUCAAAGUUCAACUGAAGUUUCAUUUAAAAAUCAUUCGACCAAUCCAGCAAUAAGCGCUCUUGUUACUUCCCUAAUGAAUUCUGCUAAAAAAUUCCAACACCAACAACAAGUUGCAGCGAAUGCCGCGGCAGCUGCCAUGAACAAUAACGCGCAAGCUCCUCCAAAAUCGAAUAAUGCUGCAAUUCUCAGUUUAUUGAAUAGUAAUCCAGUGAAUAUAGCACCACAAAAGACACAGCCAAGGAGGAUCUCUUUAAAUGCUUCCAUUCCACAAAGAGUGAUUAGCCAUGGCAAUGUGAUAGCCGUACCAAACACCACUGGCCAGAUGAGGGUGAAUUUUAGUUCGGCACUUGCUAGUCAAUUGGCAGGAAAACAACAACCGGUAAAAGGCGCAACGGUGCGACUUGCUCGAGUUCAAGACUCAACGCUUGGAUUAUCAAUGCCAGGUCUUUCGGCUCUUCUUGCCGGUACACCUUCGGCUGAUAAUCCAAUUCCAGGGAUAAAUAGUGCCUCGUCCUUAUUGGAAAGACUAACGGCCUCUUCGAAUCAGGGUAGCCAACCAACGAGUCCAAUGACGAGUCCACCGCCUGCCAACGUCAGUCUUCAAGGCGUCAAUUUAGCUAAUUUACCCAAUUCCAUUAAUGGACUUCAAAAUGUUCAGGUAUCGUUUCCUGGUUUGUCACAACCAAUCACAAUGUCACUGAACGUUUCGGCAGCAACGGGAUCUGUUACACCAACGGGAGUUAUCGUUUCUCUUCCUAUUUCAUCAGCAACAAAUACUUGCACUACUGUUUCAAGUAUGGUGGCUGCAACUGUUGUCACGACCGCAAUUGCCGGAACUACGCCAACUGUAGUAAUUGCGAAUCCUGCCAAUACUCAUUUAUCGUUACCAAUCGCUCAAAUUAUUCAACCGGGAGUAAAAGGCAUCUCUCAACAAAAUAUACGUAAUACAAAUGCCGUAACUCUCGCACAGGGAGGCCAGGCCAUUCAACUUCUUGGCUCGCCGAGACCGCGUUUUAGUCAAAUGGCUCGACAAGGCCAAUCAAAUAAUCAAGCAAAGGCCACAGUUUUACCAAAUCAAUUGGUAACUGUAGCGAAACCAAUGUCAGCGAGCCAAUUGAUUUUAACAGGAAAUAAACAAGUUUUAGCUCCAAUAAUGGCUGCCUCGAAACCGAUGCUGAUGACCUCACAGACAUCGCCUUCUCAAGCUGUACCUGCUAAUAAACAAACUUUACUUACAAAAUCAUUACAAGCCAGAACCGCUUCCACUGGUCAAUGUAGUUCACAGACACAAAGUGUAAACGUUGCCGGACUGUCGCCACAACAACUCCAGCAACUGCAUCAAAUAGCAGCGCAGCACAAAGCGGCUGUUGCAGCUGGAAAUUCUCCAAGUAGAAGUCACCUGCAACCACAACGUAAUGCAACUUCUAAUGAUGAUCCUCUCUGAAUAGAGGACAAUUAAAAAAAAUUUGGGAAUUAACUUUGUGCACGCGGCAAUAUUGCAGUCUCUCUUUUCUUAAUACAAAGUGAGACAACCGAUGUGUAUCCCAUCAAUCAUAUUUCCAAAAAAAAGAAAAGAAGCACCUAAUAAAUUCUAUCUAUUUUUGAAUCACUGAAACGCUACCUUCGAAAAUCUAUACAUUAUAAUUAAUAUUAUUAUUAUUAUUAAUAUUAUUAUUAUUAAUUAUUAAUAUUAUUAUUAUUAGAGACACUAUGACAAAGGAACGAAAGUAUCAAAUGCGUGUGCAAUAAGUGUGAAACAACACAAUGUUUAUCGACUUUUGCCUCGCGUAAUUGUACUUCGAGGAAGGUUUCAAUUAUUGUAGAUAACAUAUUAUACAUAUAAUAUACGAUUUGUUUUAUAUUAAAAAAACACUCAAUUAUGUA